ACUGCCAUCCCCUCGACGGAUGACAAGCCCGCCUGCCCUGACCGGCUCCCCGGGCGCUGUGUUCUCUCUCUACCGCUGAGGCUUCUGAACGUCUGCUCUCUGAAGGCGUAAUCGGGCCGCCGUUCCACCCGGAUCGAUCUGCCAACUAGGCCUCGGGUUUCUCUGCGUUGCUACCCGGAAAUCGACGCGAUCUCUCUCUCUCUGCUUCGUGGAUAGGCGACGGUGUGCGUCGAUCGAGGAAUGUGGUUUCCUCUAGAUAUCCUUGGUCGCCCUGUCUUUCUCUCCUCUGGGUCAAUGGAUCUCUCGCCGCGCUGAUCUGCGCCGAAUUGUGGGUAUAUCAUGGCCUCCGCCGGGAAGCCCAAUCUGGACGAUUCUCGUCGCAGCAUGGGAUCGCCCAAGCUCAAGGCACGAGUAGAAAACGCAAAGGAUACUCUCUGCCGGAACGUGACCAUCUACGGACGAUGCCGAUAUGAAGAUAAAGGCUGUGCCUUUAACCACGACCCUCACAGGCUCAACUCAGCAGACAGUGCCAAUAAGAAACGGUUCAACGUCGACUCACCCAGUUUUACCCCCUCUCUCUUGUCGAGCAACGGCUCCUCUACGACCAAGAAACCUACCACAAUAUCUCCCAAGGCUGUUAGCGCAGCGCCUUUCCAGCCGAAAACUGUCGCCUCUCGCUCCAACACCAGCACUCCGGCCCGUCAGGAUGUGCUUGCUGCUGACUGGACCGUGGCUGACGUGCAGGAAUUUGUUCCCCAAGGGUUCGACGCUUCUCAUGUGGCUCCGCUCCAAGGAAACGGCAAUGGUGGACUCGCAUCAGCUGGGCCCUUCGACCCCUUUGUAGCACCCUCGACCCCACUCGGAACUCCUGGGGCUGUUAGCCAAGUUCAACCUAAUCCCUAUUCUCAUGAUCCUACGGGUACACUUGGCGGUGCCUUUUUCGCCAACCAGGGCGGCUUCCAGCAGCCUGUCCAAUAUCAUCUUUAUGCCCCGAUAGGCCCUCAUAGUCAGAACACUCUAGGCUACCAGAAAAAUGUUCAUGACCUCUUUCUACCAAACGACUUCCGCGAAGAACUGCAAAAGAAAGCAGCGGCUACCUUGCAGACCUUGCCAAACACCCAACUGCCCGCCCAAGUGGAUUAUUUCCAUUCUCUUGUCCCUCUGGACUUAACUCACCAGAAGAAUGCCACCACCUUUGGCUUCCCGAGUUGGGUAUAUAAAGCUCAGUCGAGUAAGGACGGAAAUUUCUAUGCGCUUCGUAGGCUUGAAGGCUUCCGCUUAACCAACGAAAAAGCAAUCCGUUCGGUCCAGGCGUGGAAGCGGGUCUGCAACGGCAGUGUGGUGACUGUGCAUGACGCCUUUACCAGCAGAAGCUUUCAAGACAGCUCCUUGAUCUUCGUGACUGACUACCACCCGCUAUCGAAAACCCUCGCGGAGCAACAUCUCGGCGGUAAUAAUCGAUUUCAGGGUCGGCAUAACCCCCAUAUUCCCGAACAGGUGCUGUGGAGCUACAUCACCCAGAUUGCGAACGGCUUGAAGGCGAUACACAGCAACGGGCUGGCUGCAAGGAUUAUUGAUGCCAGUAAGAUCCUACUGACCGGCAAGAAUCGCGUGCGACUGAACGCCUGUGCGAUCCUGGACGUGGUUCAGUUUGAUACACAGCGAACCAUCACAGACCUGCAACGUCAGGAUCUGGUCAACUUUGGCCAACUAAUCGUCACCCUGGGAGCCAACUCACCCACCGUGAUGCAUAACCCUACCAAGUCGAUGGAACACUUCACCCGAGCCUAUAGUCCGCAGCUAAAGAACUCGGUGUUCUGGCUGCUUGGCGCUCUGCAAAAGGACCAAGAGCGCAACAUUGAUGUUUUCAUCACUGGGAUUUCGUCGCAGCUGAUGUCGACCUUUGAUUCGGCCCUGCAUCUGGACGACCAGCUCACCUCGGAUCUCAGCCGCGAGCUCGAAAACGGACGCAUUGUGCGACUGAUGACGAAGCUGAAUUUCGUCAACGAACGACCCGAGUAUGAACACGACCGGCAGUGGUCGGAGAAUGGGGAACGCUACUUUUUGAAGAUUUUCCGAGACUAUGUUUUCCACCAAGUGGACGCCCAAGGCGAUCCAGUGACCGAUCUCGGACACGUCCUAGCCUGUCUCAACAAACUGGACGCAGGGACGGACGAGAAGAUCACUCUUGUGAGCCGGGAUGAACAGAGCUGUUUCAUCGUCAGCUACAAGGAGUUGAAGAAGGCUCUUGAGUCGUCUUUCCAGGCACUCUCAAAGCCCACCCGACGGAUGCAUUAGUCGGGGGGUUCCCGCAAUCUAAUAUAGGCGAUUGAGUAUGCGAUCGAAAUACACGAUUAACAAGGCAUGGAUGUAUUUGAGAAUGGGUUUGGCUGUGAUUCUGGCCGUCAAUCGAUGUCUCGGUUUAUAUCGAAUGAAUACUUGAUUGCUUGAGUUGGCAAUGGUGAUAACUAGUAUACAUAGCAAAUGAAUACUUGACUUUAGUAGUAGUCCCUUAGCUUGUGAAGCCUCUACCUACUGGUUAGUUAUAAAUAUAUAGUUACAUUAAUU